AUCAAAUCUCUUUAACCCUUUGCCUUGACAUAUUUUCCCAGGUUAGCUGGCUGCAUUCAUGAGCGCUGACGCCCAAUUCCAGUGCAUGUACUGCCAGAACAGCCGAAACCACUGGGGAAAAGAUAGGGAUUGACACGGGCACUUUUACCGUCUACUAAGAUCCUAUUGAUGCCGGGAGCUUCUACAGUAGCCUAUCCGCCAAUUACGGCUUUCAUCAGACAUUGAUAAUACCAAGAAAGCAAGAACGCUAGGGAAACUGCACGCCCGCAGGUGUUCAAAAACGGCUGCGCAGUCUUCGGCUGGACCUACAUUUUGCUCCCAAGGCCGCGGAUAGCGCCCUCACCGUCGCCAAUCCCAAUGACAUCAUGAUGCAGGCACUUCCCAACAUCCAGAGCCUGGCCAACACCAUCACCACGGAUAACAUUGAGAUUGCGCUGGGCUCCCGGAUAGGCACUGACAAUGACAUCGUGCAUUCACUGUCCCUGGAGGUUCGGAAGAAGAAAAUGAUAAAUGAGCUUUUGAUGGCGGUGCUUCUGGCCGUCCGAUUUGUGGGCGGCCAUUGCAGAUGUCUUUGCGGGACUGUCCUGAAUAGCACGUUUAUUGGGGAUGCCGGUGCGGGCGCUACCACUGUCUAUGCUAUUGUCGAGCAUUCGAAAAGCUGGUGCCGCUGGCACUCUUUCUGCUGGGUGGCAUUAGGAGUUCCCUACGAUAACCGUGGCAAGACGUGGAAUGAGUGAGGACGGUAUCAAGGUGCUAG